AUGCUUACCAGCCCCAGUGGCAUUUUCGGAUACAUCAACUAUCUCGUUGAGAGGGACCGCAAAUUCAUCCUCGACACUCUCCUCAAUGGACUCUCGAGACUUGAAUACCGUGGCUAUGACUCCGCGGGACUCGCCAUAGAUGGUAACAAGAAGAAAGAAGUCUGUGCUUUCAAGGAAGUCGGGAAAGUUGUGAAACUGAAAGAGCUCAUCGCGGAGUGUAAACCUGACCUUGAGAAAACAUUCGAGUCCCAUGCUGGUAUUGCCCACACACGCUGGGCUACCCACGGGACACCAUCGCGCCAAAACUGUCACCCCCACCGGCAAGUAUCCCUUCGUAUCUGUGUUUCAUCUGAUCUAAAUUGGGAAUUCUCUAUCGUUCACAAUGGUAUUAUUACCAACUACAAGGAAUUGAAGGCUCUAUUGGAAAGCAAGGGCUUCCGCUUCGAGACCGAGACAGACACAGAGUGCAUUGCUAAGCUCACAAAGUAUUUGUACGACCAACAGCCAGAUAUCGACUUCACCGUCCUGGCAAAAGCUGUCGUGAAGGAGCUAGAGGGCGCGUUUGGUCUACUCAUCAAAUCCGUCCACUUCCCCCAUGAGGUUAUUGCCGCUCGCAAAGGAUCUCCCCUUGUGAUCGGUGUGAGAACUUCCAAGAAGAUGAAGGUGGACUUCGUGGAUGUCGAAUAUUCAGAAGAGGGUGCUCUUCCAGCGGAGCAGGCCUCCCAGAAUGCUGCUAUCAAGAAAUCUGCUACUGGCCUCCUUGCCCCACCUGACAAGUCGCUGCUGCAUCGGUCACAGUCACGCGCCUUCCUGUCGGAUGAUGGCAUCCCCCAGCCGGCAGAAUUCUUCUUGUCUUCGGACCCGUCCGCAAUUGUCGAGCAUACCAAGAAGGUCCUCUACCUUGAAGAUGACGACAUUGCUCAUAUUCACGAGGGACAGCUCAAUAUUCAUCGUCUUACCAAAGAUGAUGGCACCUCCAAUGUUCGUGCUAUCCAAACCAUUGAACUCGAGCUUCAGGAGAUUAUGAAGGGCACAUUUGAUCACUUCAUGCAGAAGGAAAUUUUUGAGCAACCCGAGUCUGUGGUGAACACCAUGAGAGGUCGGUUGGAUGUUGCGAACAGACAGGUCACACUCGGUGGACUUCGACAGUACAUUUCUACCAUCCGCCGCUGCAGGAGAAUCAUAUUUAUUGCGUGUGGAACCAGCUACCAUUCAUGCAUGGCUGUGCGUGGUGUGUUUGAAGAACUCACUGAGAUCCCCAUAGCGGUUGAGCUCGCCUCCGAUUUCUUGGAUAGACAGGCACCGGUUUUCCGUGAUGAUACCUGUGUCUUCGUUUCCCAGUCUGGAGAAACAGCUGACUCGCUCAUGGCCCUCCGCUACUGCCUUGAAAGAGGCGCAUUGACUGUUGGAGUUGUUAAUGUGGUUGGUUCAUCUAUUUCCCUCCUGACACACUGCGGUGUGCACAUCAAUGCUGGCCCGGAAAUCGGUGUCGCCUCCACCAAAGCAUACACAUCCCAGUUUGUUGCGAUGAUCAUGUUUGCUCUCAGCCUCAGUGAGGAUCGUGCUUCCAAGCAAAAGCGGAGAGAAGAAAUCAUGCAGGGUCUUGGCAAGGUAUCGGAACAGUUUAAGGAGAUUCUGAAACUCAAUGAACCCAUCAAACAACUAUGCGCAAAUUUCUUCAAGAACCAGAAGAGUCUACUUCUCCUGGGCAGAGGCAGCCAAUUUCCAACAGCCCUUGAAGGUGCCCUCAAGAUCAAGGAAAUUUCUUACCUCCACUGUGAGGCCGUUAUGUCGGGUGAGCUGAAACAUGGUGUUCUUGCAUUGGUGGAUGAGAACCUGCCCAUCAUUAUGAUCCUUACACGUGAUGAGAUCUUCACCAAGUCGCUGAAUGCCUACCAGCAAGUCAUUGCCCGAGGUGGUCGUCCUAUUGUGAUCUGCAACCACGAGGAUCCCGAGUUUUCUUCUGCCCAGACAGAGAAGAUCGAAGUCCCCAAGACCGUUGAUUGCCUCCAAGGUCUUCUCAACGUUAUUCCACUGCAGCUUAUUUCUUACUGGUUGGCUGUUGGUGAAGGCCUUAACGUUGAUUUCCCUCGCAAUCUUGCGAAGUCUGUCACUGUUGACUACAUAUGCUUAUGGCGUUUCUUUCUCCUUUUCAUAGGUUCCGGGCUUCGAAUCGCCAUUGUCCACGGAAGAUGGAACAUGGGAAUAAUUGGACCUUUAAUUGAUGGCGCUAAAAAGCGCCUUUUGGCAGCUGGUGUGGCCGAGGAGAAUAUCAUGACUCAGAGUGUCCCAGGCAGUUACGAGUUGCCAUUUGCUGCUCAGCGAAUUUAUACAGCUUCGCAACUCCAGGCAGCUAAAAGCUCCUCUUCGGCCGAGGGCAUCAGCGCCACGGAUCUGCUCUCUUCAUCUACUACGGAUCUCAGCAAAUCAGGAAAACAAUCGCCUGCAUCUGCUGCUGCAUCUAGGCCAUUUGACGCCGUGAUAGCCAUAGGUGUUCUUAUCAAAGGAGAGACAAUGCACUUCGAGUACAUCGCUGAUGCAGUCACACACGGAUUGAUGCGCGUCCAACUCGAUUCCGGCGUGCCCGUUAUUUUUGGUGUGCUUACUGUCCUAACCGAAGAGCAAGGAUUGGAGAGAGCUGGACUUGGUACAAAGGGGAUGCACAACCAUGGCGAAGACUGGGGUAAUGCUGCUGUGGAACUUGGUGUAAGAAGAAGAGAAUGGAAUGAAGGCAGAGGCAUUUAG